ACCACUCCUUCGACCGCCGCCAACCUAGAAUUCCAGCCAUGACCGCCACGAACAACAGCAAUGCUGUCGCCGCAGCUGGCACCGAGCCCAGGCAGCAACAGCAGCACCGGAGGCUGGAGGGGAAGGUGGCCAUCGUGACCGGCGGCGCGCGCGGGAUCGGGGAGGCGAUCGUGCGCGCGUUCGUCCGGCACGGCGCGCGCGUGGUGGUUGCGGACAUCGAAGACGCGGCCGGCGAAGCCCUGGCGGCCGCGCUGGGCCUGGGCGGCGCCUGCUGCAGCUACGUGCACUGCGACGUGUCCCAGGAGGCCGACGUGGAGCGCGCCGUCGGGUGCUGCGUCGAGCGGUACGGGCGGCUCGACGUGUUCUGCAACAACGCUGGCGUGCUGGACCGCCAGCACCCGCCAGCCGCCGAUGGCGCCAAGAGCGGCGGCAUCGCGUCGCUUGACGCCGCGGAGUUCGACCGCGUGCUGCGCGUGAACACGCUGGGCGCGGCGCUCGGCAUGAAACACGCCGCGCGGGCCAUGCUGCAGCAGCGCGGCGGCAGCGGCGCCGGGGGGAGCAUCGUGUCGGUGGCGAGCGUCGCCGGCGUGAUGGGCGGGAUGGGCCCGCACGCGUACACGGCCUCCAAGCACGCGCUGGUGGGGCUCACCAAGAACGCCGCCUGCGAGCUCGGGGAGCACGGCAUCCGCGUGAACUGCGUGUCCCCCUUCGGGGUGGCCACGCCGAUGCUCGUCAACUCGUGGCGCCACCGUUGGCACGACGGAGACGCCGGCGAGGACGGGAGCGCGCAGCCGCCGAGCGAGGAGGAUGUGGAGAAGACGGAGGAGAUGCUGCGUGGGAUGGCGACGCUCAAGGGCGCGACGCUGAGAGCCGGGGACAUCGCGGAUGCGGCGCUGUUCCUGGCCAGCGACGAGUCCAAGUACAUCUCCGGGCACAACCUCGUCGUCGACGGCGGCGCCACAACCUCCCGGAACGUCGUCGGACUGUGACUGAAGUCAAACCCAGGCUCCAUUGGAGGUGGAUGCUGUUGCAGGGAUCGCGUACGUGCGAGUGUCACAGUCAAGCACAGCUCGAUCGAUCGCAGUGGUCACUAGCUUCGUACUCCAUUACUGUACUUUACUAUCCGUAGCUUCGUAGUAGCCUGGUACUUAGCAGCUGGUUAUUCGAUCUGCUGAUUGAAUGCCUCGUCUCAGGCUUGAUGGAUUAGGGAAUGAUCUGUGAUUCGCACGGUUUAUUCUUCUUUAAUCGUUUGUUGCAGAUCGAAAAUGGUUAGUUAAUUAUUCAUCU